GUUGCACCGCCCGCGGCCUGCGGGAGCGCUGCGCCCGGCCUCGGCCCGCGCCUGCGCCCGCUUCCUGCGCCCCCGGAGCCCGCACUCAGCCCGGCCCGAGGGACCCCGGCCCGAUCCCGCCGCCCGCACAAAAUGUCGGCCCGGACGCCAUUGCCCACGGUGAACGAGCGGGACACGGAGAACCAUACAUCUGUGGAUGGAUAUGCUGAACCGCACAUCCAGCCGACCAAAUCGAGUAGCAGACAGAACAUCCCUCGGUGUAGAAACUCCAUUACGUCCGCAGCAGACGAACAGCCUCACAUCGGGAAUUACCGUUUACAAAAAACAAUAGGGAAGGGGAACUUUGCCAAAGUGAAAUUGGCAAGGCAUGUUCUAACUGGGAGAGAGGUUGCUGUGAAAAUAAUAGAUAAAACUCAGCUAAAUCCUACCAGUCUACAAAAGUUGUUUCGAGAAGUACGGAUAAUGAAGAUACUGAAUCACCCUAACAUAGUAAAAUUGUUUGAAGUUAUUGAAACAGAGAAGACCCUCUAUCUAGUCAUGGAAUACGCAAGUGGGGGUGAAGUAUUUGAUUACUUAGUUGCCCAUGGAAGAAUGAAAGAAAAAGAGGCCCGUGCAAAAUUUAGGCAGAUUGUAUCCGCUGUACAGUAUUGUCAUCAAAAGUGCAUUGUUCACCGUGAUCUUAAGGCUGAAAACCUUCUCCUUGAUGCUGACAUGAAUAUUAAAAUUGCUGACUUUGGUUUUAGUAACGAGUUUACAGUCGGGAACAAAUUGGACACAUUUUGCGGAAGCCCCCCCUACGCCGCUCCCGAGCUCUUCCAGGGGAAGAAGUACGACGGGCCCGAGGUGGACGUGUGGAGCCUGGGCGUCAUUCUCUACACGCUGGUCAGCGGCUCCCUGCCGUUUGACGGCCAGAAUCUGAAGGAACUUCGGGAGCGAGUCUUACGCGGGAAAUACCGCAUCCCCUUCUAUAUGUCCACCGACUGUGAAAACCUUCUGAAGAAAUUGUUAGUGCUGAAUCCCAUUAAAAGAGGCAGCUUGGAACAAAUAAUGAAAGAUCGGUGGAUGAAUGUUGGUCACGAAGAAGAAGAACUAAAGCCGUAUACUGAGCCUGAACCAGAUUUCAAUGACACAAAAAGGAUAGAUGUCAUGGUCACCAUGGGUUUCGCACGAGAUGAGAUAAAUGAUGCCUUAAUAAAUCAGAAAUAUGAUGAAGUCAUGGCUACUUACAUUCUUCUAGGUAGAAAACCACCUGAAUUUGAAGGCGGUGAGUCAUUAUCCAGUGGCAACUUGAGUCAGAGGUCGAGGCCCAGUAGUGACCUAAACAACAGCACCCUCCAGUCCCCCGCUCACCUGAAGGUCCAGAGGAGCAUCUCGGCCAAUCAGAAGCAGCGGCGCUUUAGCGAUCAUGCUGGUCCAUCCAUCUCCGCGGCCGUAUCGUACACAAAGAGGCCUCAGGCCAACAGUGUGGAGAGUGAGCAGAAAGAUGAGUGGGACAAGGACGGGGCAGCGCGCAAACUCGGCAGCACGACUGUGGGAUCGAAGAGCGAGGUGACCACCAGCCCGCUCGUGGGGCCGGAGAGGAAAAAGGCGUCCACUAUCCCGAGCAACAACGUAUAUGCUGGAGGAAGCAUGGCAAGAAGGAACACGUAUGUCUGUGAAAGGACCACAGACCGCUACAUGGCCCUGCAAAAUGGAAAAGACAGCAGCCUCACGGAGAUGUCGGCCAGCAGCUUGUCUUCUGCCGGCUCCGCCGUGGCCCCUGCUGUCCCCUCGGCUCGGCCCCGCCACCAGAAGUCCAUGUCCGCCUCCGGUCACCCGAUCAAAGUCACACUGCCAACCAUUAAAGACGGCUCCGAAGCUUACCGACCCGGGACCACCCAGAGAGUGCCUGCCGCGUCCCCGUCUGCCCACAGUAUUAGUGCCAGCACCCCAGACCGAACCCGCUUUCCCCGCGGCAGCUCCAGCCGCAGCACCUUCCACGGGGAGCAGCUCCGGGAGCGGCGCAGCGCCGCCCACGCCGGGCCCCCCGCGUCUCCGUCCCACGAAAGCGGGGCCUUUGCCCACGCCCGGAGGGGCACAUCCACCGGCCUCAUCAGCAAGAUCACCUCCAGAUUCGUUCGCAGGGAUCCAAGUGAAGGCGAAGCCAGUGGCAGAACAGACACCUCAAGAAGUGCAUCCGGGGACCCGAAAGAGAGAGACAAGGAAGAGGGGAAAGACCCCAAGCCACGCUCUCUGCGCUUCACCUGGAGCAUGAAGACCACGAGCUCCAUGGACCCCAAUGACAUGAUGCGAGAGAUCCGGAAAGUGUUAGAUGCAAACAACUGCGAUUACGAACAGAAGGAGAGGUUUUUGCUCUUCUGCGUCCACGGAGAUGCCCGGCAGGACAGCCUCGUGCAGUGGGAGAUGGAAGUGUGCAAACUGCCCCGGCUGUCGCUGAACGGGGUCCGCUUCAAGCGCAUCUCUGGAACGUCAAUUGCCUUUAAGAACAUCGCAUCUAAAAUAGCCAAUGAGCUCAAACUGUAAAGGAACUCCGCUUGGCAGGAUCAGGGAAGACACAUCCGAAUGAGAAUGAAUGAUCCCUGUGAUGUAAAGCCACUAGUAAAGGUACAUUUUAAUACUCAUUACUUGGUACGGAAUUAGCCUUGGAGGUUGACUGUGCAAUGUUAUUGAAUGUUGUAAUGACUGUACUAUCUUCCUACGGGCCCCCUCCGCACACUCCGGAGGCAUAGAAAGUGUAUUCAAAUCUCACGAGUCUGCAGAACACGACAGCUGUGAUAAAUACUGUAAUUCCAACCUAAAUGAGACGGCUCUCGGUAGGGGACGUGCCAUUCAUUCCCGUGGCUUCCAGACUAGGGUGGGUUUUACCUUCUGUACUGGACUGUGAUGUGGCUCUCUUCUGUACGGUUCUGUUCGAACACCAAGUGUAUUUCUUUUUUUUUGCCUUAGCCAAGGGUGGUGUUUGGAAAAGACCUGUGUAGCCCCUUUUUAACCUCGUGUUCAUUCCAGACAAUUGAUGCAAAUUCCUCUCACUUCCACUGGUGCACUCUGAAAUUUUACUUGAACAGUUCUCAUAAUAAAGCACUCGUCUUUCGCUCUUUGCCGGAAUGUGGAUGACCUGUUUUCUAGGGCAGAAGGGGGGUUUAUGUCGUGUCUUCUCCAUUCUGUUGGCAGGGGGUGGAGCUACGUAGGUUUUCAGGAUGUUGUAACAGCAAGAAAACGUUCAUCUCUGUAUAGCGGUUCCUAUUGUCUAAAUGGUUUUAUAAAAACAGACAUCAUGCCUUUUUCAUCAUUGGAACUGGUGUUUUUUAUACUUUCUCUCUCUUCUGUGUUUGUGGGAAGGAAAUUUACUUCAAUAUUUUUUAUGAACUGAAAAUGAAAUCUUGAUAGUCACUAUUAUUUUUAAAAUUAAAAAAAAAUGUUUAUUGUCGAAAGUAUUGCCUAUGUCCCUUGGAGAGUCACUUUAGAUUUUCAGUUUUAUAUAUUCAUAACAGC